UAUCUUCCGUCUUCACUAAAGGAUAAUGUCUGAGGGCGGCAGUCGGGGCGACGUGGCAAUGAGGGCGGACGCGAACGUCCACAGGCCAGGGCUCACGCCGGAGGAGAUGGCGGCCGGCUACGACGAGUGGUCCGAGAACUACGAGGAGAUGAUGAUCUGGAAAGGCGGGUACCGUGGCCCCGCCAUCACGCUGGAGGAGGCGCUGCGUUGCGUACCCCCGGAGCGGCGAGCCAAGGCCAGGGUGCUGGACGUGGCCGCCGGGACGGGCUGCGUGGGCAGCGAACUCCACCGGGAAGGCUUCAGGCACAUAGACGCUGUGGACCCGUCGGAGGGCAUGAUGAAGCUGCGGGAGACUGGCAUCUAUACCAACGACUUCCUGGAGUUUAUCGGCAUCGGACACUCCACCGUGCCCAAAGACACAUACGACCUGGUGGUCAUCUCGGGCGGUAUGGGCGAAGGUCACAUCCCACUCAGUGGCCUCGACGACCUGGUGCGCGUCGCAAAGAACGGAGGCUUCGUGAUCAUCGUGAUGCGCCAUGAGUACCUACAGACCGUGCCUUCCUACAAGGACAAGCUGGAGCCUUACAUGGACCAGCUGGAGGCGGACGGGAAGUGGAAGAAGUCACCGCCGAGGGGCCUAAGACUACCCACAUGCUGUCCUGAAGACUACCCACCAACCCGAACUCUACAAGAAGCUAUGCAAGUGAAAUCAAGAAUGAUCUCCGGGGGACAGCAUGAGCCAAUAAUAAUUGCGCCACUAUAAACAAUUGUCUGCGCCAUAACGGGCUCGGGCCCACCAUCAGCCCCCUAGUAAAAAAAAAAAACCUACCGGCGCUUUAGGUCACAUGUAAAAAAGGAAAAAAGAAACUGUUUCCAGGUCCUCUACUCCACAUCUGAAAAGCUACAUCUGCACCGGACACCCUAUCUUACCAUUUUCUCCACAGUUCCCAGCACUGUAUCCUCCCCUGCUCUCUUUACAUGUCCAAACCAUCGGAGUCUUUCCCUUCUGAUCACUGUUUCCAUGCAGGUCCUCUACUCCACAUCUGUUAGCUACAUCUGCACUGGAUGGACACC